UGAACAGCCGCAAAAAAUAGCACGAUGUCUUACAAAACUGCAGACAAUGGGAAAGUUGGCAAAAUUAACAUUUACGACUUUCCAUAACACAGGAGUAUUGUUUCUUUUUAAACUCCAAUUAUCCAAAUAUUAACUUUCGAAGAACGUACAUGGACACCGCCAUGUUGCUUGCCACUAACUACCAGCGAUAACAGGUUGCACGUUCCCGGCGUUGAGAGGCCGACCCACGAACAACAAAUCGACUUGUUCAUGAGCAGACGAGAACAAGACUUAGUCACCCUAACUGAGCCGUUAAGUUCCAAUCGGCGAGGCCGCUGGCUAAUGAAGCAGUGUCCGGAUUGUGUGUCUUUGGGGUUGUUAGGUCUGGACCUUCGCCAGUUGUGCUGACAGCCGUUGAACAGCCUUAAGCUAUCGCAGCUUGUUUCAAACACUUCCGAACUGCAUGAAACGCAGUACAGAAUCUUUUGGGGAAACUUAAAGGAUUACUGGUGGAUGAUCGCAGAGCGACGCUUCACAAGUUGUACGACCAGUCACGGCGCAAUAGUCAACCUUUCGCGGAAGUCAUUCAAGCAACCCGUCAUUUUCUAACCUUUUUUUUUUCAGCAACGAAGUACACGGCGUCAUGGAGAUACACCUUUGCAUGAAACAUACUAAAUGGUCGAUAGAAUAUAUCCCCUUGCUUCGCCGAUGCUUUCUUGAGCGUCUUUUUUUCAUUUUGUUUCCAACACAAAGCAACUCUUUUCUCCCCAUUUUCUUUUUAUUUUAUCACGUUCAGUUGAGUCUUUGUCAGUGAGAUCAAAUUUAACUUUUUUUCUGAUUCAUCGCUCCAGAUGAUUUAUAGAGGACUUGAAGCCCAGAGCCAUUCUGUUCCAUGACAGUGGCUGUAAUUAAUCGCAGAAAAAAUAUUACUUUCCGCACCCCAUUCAGUCCUUCCAUUGGCUAUAGCAUGCUUGCAGUAAUGAAUACAAGGGAAACGUGAAAUAGAAGAAUGACGAAUAAUAAGAUAAAGAUCUAAAAGAGGAAAAGGUCUGCGAUUUUUAAAAUGUUUUCCAGGCAACGCUGCGCAACUCUUCUGCAUUGCUUCUAGCUCGACCCUAAAUUCCUAAAACUUAAGUCAACAACCAAGUACGACCCAUAUGAUUUCAACUUAAGUUUUAGCGAUGCCCGUUCAUCAUACAAGUGACGCAUUAUGGUAGCAGGCGACAGGAUAUCUAUAGCAACCCAAUACAGUCUGUCGUCCUGAACAAACCAACCCUGUGGGCUGGAUGUUGACAUGCACGCACGCAGGAACAGGCACCCGCGAAGGAGAUGCGUUAUUGCAUUCUCAGUGUGCAGUUGCCAGCGGUAGAUUCCUCGCUCAAGUCAUGAUGAACAUUACUUGAUGGUAUCGACGAGAUUUCAGUUGACGAUACAAGAAUUCAAAGAAUCCAGGAGGUGUUUUUUUCCCCCGCGACAUCCACAGAGAUCGGGAUAUACCGGGAUGGAGAGUACAGUGGUGAACCAGCAACAGCAGCCCGUACCGGGCCAAGUGGUGACGGUGGUUGUUCAGGAAAGAAAACCCAACGCUUGCCGUGCUGCUAUCCCGUCCCUCCACAUCGUGGCGGCAGUUAUCUGCCUCGUACUGAAUAUCUUCCUGCCUGGAAUCGGGACCAUAGUGGCUGGCUUCUCAGUGUUCUGCUGCGGUAAUCCCGGCCAGUCAGGAGGCGGCAAGUUCGGCACCUUCUGUCUCAACUUCUGGGUCGGGGUUCUGCAGCUGCUAACGUGCUGGAUCUUUUUGAUUGGCUGGGUCUGGAGCAUCAUGUGGGGGGCUGCUUUCAUCGGUCUCUCGGCUGACUACCAUACGCCGACGGAAACCACCACUGUUGUGACUAGCACGCCCGCCGCCCCGGUAGCUGGGCAGGCCGUGGUCAUGACCCAGCAGGGCGUUUACCCACCGGGCACGGUCCACGUCUCUCCGUACCCGGCCGGCCAAGUAACGACGGACCAGCCUCAGCCCCCGCAUUACGACGUCGAGAAACAACCCCUGGAACAGAAGGAGUUGAUCCAGUCAAUCGAUGCAUCUUUCACUGCCAAAACUGGACCCCCACCCGUCCAGUGAAAUCACUCGAGGUUUUGAUAUAGCGUCGUCGGAGAGAUAAGUCAAAAAGCACGUGAUGCAAAGUCAUCUUGUCCAUUGAGUCCUAACUGGUUGUGGAGGCAACGCUUUUUCAAACCCAAACCCUGUCAAUGAGCCAGUUCGGUAUUUCGAUAGCGCAUGCUCACAAGGAAGCAGGUCCAAGGUCAUUUGGACGCGCGUGCGAGGUCUGCCUGUAGAUAUCAGAUGAAUAACAAUAAAUUCUUCUGAUAUCUUUGGGUCUGCCCUAUAUCAACCUCGUUCCUCCAUGGUCUACAAUAGUAGAUCCUAACUGAGAAAGUCUUGUACUUUGCUCUGAUUGGGCAAUCAAUUGGCAUAUUCUCCAUACUCAUAUUUGUCGAGACAAAUCUUAUCGUGCAGUUGGAGUUUCGAUUUUAAUAAUAUGUAUUUCUAAUUUAAAGUUACUUGCACACGAAAUUGCAUGCGCGAAAUGGCAAAAUACUAAAAAACGAAAACAUGCCAAUUACCGCGUAAACUUCGAAAGUGUACUGCAUCAGUGCAUGUCAUUGUCAGCAGCUAGCCCAAUGUAGGGCCUACAUGUACAUGUACAACGAAACAACCAUUUUGCAAAUCAUAGUUCGUAUCCAAGUACAUCGUCGUGUAACCUAUCCACACGUUGUGAACAGUAACAUAUUCAAAUUUGCAAUAAAGAGACCAGCCUAUGAAACCCAGAAUACAUUGCCCAUAGUGCGGCUACUUAUAAUAUCAAAGAUUUUUAGAUAUGCAAAUGAUCAAAUACCAGGGUGAGAGAGCUAGUGGAAGUGUACUGCUCGAUCACCAUGGGGACGAGGUUGGCCCUAUAUCAGCGCGGCCUCCGUGCGCGUGCUUUGUUCCCGAAUGACCUUGCUGUAUUAAUUGAAAUCCGGUUCGUAAGUGUGACGUCAUUUCAGUUUAAACCACGCUCACUGGACAUGCACUGCACAUAGAGUUGCAUUCGUUGAUCGCCGUUCACAUGGAACUAUGGAACUGCAAGUUAACGGGCAGCUUCAGCGAUCGUCCAAUGAGAGCCUGCAAAUCGUGGCGCGUCCGCCUUUGUGAUGAAGUCACUUACGAACCAGAUACCAACCUCGCUCAUUGGCAGGUGGUGACGUUCAACGUGGAACGCCGUUACUCCGUGGUGACAAUUUGAUGCCGUGCCUCGCAAUUCCGCACCGGCUUUGUCACCCUUCGAAAGAAAACGACAAUGUGAGAAGAUGACUUUGCAUCACGCGCCGUAGCAGGAUGAUUACUGAGGGUGUUUUUCAAACUUUGGCUUCGUCUCCUGGUCGGCUUCAGUGUAACGACUGUAGUUUCCUGAAUUGGGCCCUCAGAUAAUAAUCACAUACAGUGUUUUCUCCAACAGAAAUAUCAAUUGAUUGAAAAAUUACAGCGUUGACUUGUGUUGCCCCCACCAGAAAAUGUUUGCAAUUGCUUCCGGAAUCUGAUGGGAAGGUGCAUGCCGAGAUAAACCAAGAUUUCAAAAAUGGCCGAAGUCUGGCUUUAGUUCAUAUACGAUCGGACUCAUGUGCAACUGAACUAAAUGUUUCUAUUGAAGUACGUAUAUAGGCUGAUAUAACUAAGCUUCAGAUCUAAUGGAGUUGUUUACAGAGUUUCUUCAACCACUGCUUACAAGUGGCGUCUUGAAAUCACCGUAGUCUUCUACAAGUUUUAUACGAAGAGCAGUUUAGGUAGUUAUUGUUUCACUGGGAACAAGUAAUGUGCUCGUAUCACAUGAGUGUAUUUAUUUAAUUUUCACUGGAUAAUAUGUUGACACACUUGUGUAGAGUUAACUAAACCUAUUUCACUAUUAACGCUUUGGGUCGAUCCAUGUUCUCGUGUGUUGCACGCGCGGGUUGGACCCCCCCCCCCAUUACAGCGGGUUGCCGAGUGUCCACCGUUUAGAUUUCAAAACGGGGCUCCUUAAUGUGUACACACCGCUUUGUGAAAAUAUUGACCGAUCGUGGUACGGCGAGUAUAUAACUGCUCAAAAGCAUCGCAGGAUUGCGUAAACAGCGCCGGGGUCGAGUUUCGCUGUAGUAUAUUGGAAGAUUUUUCCCGCAAUCCAUCGGUAAUAUUUUGGCUUGGCGAUCGGUGCUCGAGGCAGUCGUCUUUGAUAUUCUGCGCUGUGAAAUUGGAGAACUUUUUAUUAUAUUUUAAAUGCUGAUCCGGACGUAGAUAACAUGUUUAAGAUAUUUUUAUGCUCUGAACGAAACAACACGCGAUUCUCAAAUUGUUUUGUUAGUGCGAGCAAUUUUCACCGCUUACCUAUUUGUCACCAGGGGAAUGACCAAUGCUGGUUUGAUUUCCAAUUUUUCUAAACUGUAGAGUGGUCUACCUUUUGGGGCUCUUUAAUUAAAAAUUCGACAGUUUAAAUGUGAUCGCGUUGUAAAUUCAGUCUUUAUGACAUUCAAGAAAGCAGCUCGUCACAGAGUAAUAUUUUCUAUCCCCCAAAUAUUAACUGUCUGACAUGCAGUGGCGUAACUACAGCCCCCCGCCCGCGGAUGUACGUGCCCCCAGGUCCCCCCCCCCCAUUUGAAAUUUGUAAAUAUCCAGUUGCAUCUUCUUCUUCUUCUUUUUUGUGGCGCCCUCCUGAAAAAAAGUGUGCACAGCUGGGUGGCUCCCGGGAUAUUUAGCAAUAGUUACACCACUGCUGACGUGAGUAUUCAACUUAUUGUGACUCUGCGUGUUAGCCACCCGCGCAGUCAUUGGUAGGAUUCGAGACUAGGGCCUUUUUCUGAAUCGGAAUGUGUAGCCGGAGCCCCCCAUCCCAUUGCAAACUAGAAUUUUUGACCUGUUAAGCUAUAAAGACACUUUUAGGCAGUGACGAUUUGGGAGAAUAUUAAUCCAUUGUUUUUUCACCAUCACUGUCUCGUAUUAAUGAUCUGUUGUCACCAUCUUGAUUUAAUGAUCCCUUUGCUGUCCCGAUUUUGCUCCCCUCGGCGUCUCCAGUUUAUUCUGGAAUUCUCCAUGGCCAUUGCAUUGUGCCCCCUUCUACUCCUUCACAACUAACUUAAAACAAACCUGUCCACCCGCAGCUGUUGUUUAUGUCAUCUUUAGGCUAAUAACAAGCGGCUGCCACGUUGCAAAUUAAAUUCUUCAACAGACAUUCGCGUGCCUCAUGCAAAGUGAUGAGAUCGUUUAAGUUAACAAUAAUUAUAAAGGUGUCAAUGUUGCUAAGAAACGUCAGCACAUUUAAGCGGUCAGAAAUGUCUCCAUCUGCCAGGAUAUGUAACGUUGUUUCGCGUUUAUCGGUAUCACAUUCUGCCAUUUAGUCUGCGUGAAGAUCACGGACACGCCUUCCGUGCCUGCGCGUUGUACCACGCUCUUUCAACGAUGACUAUCACUAUCAGUCGGUUACCAGUUGAGAGAAUGAAUAAAUCAGCUACACGUUAUUGACGAACUACCAGUCACAUGACGGGGAUUUAUAAAGGCAUUGUAUAAACUACCCUUUGCGACAGCCAUGAUCCAAUCAUGUAAUUAUAAUGUAGUGUUUGGCGUACCAACUUCAACACUUUACAUAAUUUCAUUCUUUUGUGGAAUUUUUAAGUUACACUUCUAUAUCGUUGUACUUCCGGUUUUCCUGGAAGGAAAGGUCAACCACCUUUUGCAGGAAAUCGAAUAGGUUUAUGUCUAUCAGAUCCUUUAAAUUAUCUACUAAAUUUAAUUCCAUUUUAUUUACAUGUACUGGAUCUCUUAAAGGAAACUUGUGUUGUUACGUGCAACAAGUGGAUUGAUGAACUGUAAAAAUUCAGGAUACCAAUAGAUGUACAUCAAGCUUAUCUUAAAGUAUAGCGGCAAUGAACUUGUCUUAGAUAAAACUUUUCUUCACUUUGUAAUCUUUUGCAGCGUAAAAAAUUUGUACAUUUUUUAUUUAAAUGCAUUGAAAAGUGAACCAAGAAUUUACUCACGGAGUAGACUUGAGCGAGGCUUUGAUGCUUACGUUUUGAUGCACGUAAACAACAAUGAAUCAGCAAAGACGAGAAAAUUUAGAACAACCCAAUGUAACAUUCAGGCUCGCUGUCUGGGAUUGACAUCAAAGUUUUGCCAUAAAUAUGGAAACACUCAUUAGCAUUAAAAACCGAAAAACCAGCAAAACCCCUUUGAAAUGGUGAAACAAAUGUUGAAAAAGGAAGUUAACUGAGAUACAAAGAUGCAUUUCGAACACUUGCAUUAAAACAAAUUGACUGCAGCUAUAAGAAUUACCAAGCUACCCAUAAAAAUUGUAACAACCAAUGGCAACACUCGAGUGGAAAUUUGAUGAAGAACAAAGGUAUUAGCACUGGUCCUGAUAUCAAAGUGAGAAGUCGUUUUGAAUCGGAGACAAACGUGUUGAAAUACCUGCUUGUUCUAGCUCCUACUGGUUUCCAUAUGCUGCCAUUGCUCAGAGUUUUGUAACAGUUGAUGGAGGGAAUGAUCAUCGUUGUCCAUAACACUUAAUAAGUCAGACACUUUGCAUGUUUCGUGCAAAUUUGCAUCGACUUUUAAAAUUCUUUAUGCCUGUUUGUAGUGUUGACAAACCUUUUCAAUUCAAAAAAACGUGGUAGUCCUUUUUAACUCAGUUUGAAACAAAAUAGUCCGAAACAUCCCUUUCAGUUUUGAUUUUCAAUUACACUAAGUAAUAUUGUAACUUGAUACGGGAUCUCAACUGCUGUACAUUGUACCAGCAAAUCUCUGACCGUGUCGCGUAGACAGCCCAGCUCAGACAAAACAGGGAAAUGAGGUGCGAGAAAGCCACUUCCUAUUAAUUGUGCGGACUCUGCCGUUGUCGCACAGUUCGUGAAGUUGGAUAGCGCACGCUGCGCCUGCCUUUGCCACAUGCGCACAUACACUGAUUUUUUCCGUAGUUAAAUUGUAGUAUUUGUAUCCUAUAUUUGAACUUUUCACCUUGAAACUGUAAAUAUUGCGCUCUGUUCUUUCUACUGUUUACGCUUUAUGAAUGUCUGAUCUGUGACGCUUGCAACCAAUACAGUGAGUUUUAUUUUAUAAUCGACAUAAAUUAUGUACAUGUAAUGAUAAAAUUAAUGGAAUACCAUUGGGAGGCUAUGAUUAUUUAAAUUGCCUUUUCUCGUUAAUAUUUGAACACAGCAAUGUCAAAUUGAGAAAAUGUUCCAUAGAAUAAAAACAGAUGUCAUAUUCACUACUGACGGCAAAAUAAACUAUAUACGCGUUGGAUCCUUUUGAAUGGUAACCUCAGUGUGUUUCCCUGCCGAAAUUAUCCAGUUUAGGCUUAUGACCUUGAAGGAUUUCAACUGAAUGGGGAGAUAAUGCCAAAGAUUCAGUGGUGGAUGCAAUGGAGACGCCCUUAAGGGCUCUGAAAUUACGUGGAUACUGGGUGCACUGGGUGUACCUGUUGAACCCUCAUCAUCACAAAUACCUAUAGAGGCCUUGCGUGGUAGCCAUCUUGUAGGACACUUCUUCUGUUCCACAAGGAAACCUCCUUUGUGCAUACCCAGUGGAACCUCUCCCCAUAUGCAUGUACAAGUAACUUUUUAGGGGAUAUUUGUUUCUCCAAAUGUGAUUUUUGAUGUUUUAAACAUCAGUUCAUUCAAAUAGAGUGCUCAAUUGCUUGAAAAUGUUCACGUUCCAUAUGGCGUCUGAAAGCAAAAACAUAACGCCACCAAGAAUUUUAGUUUCUUUUAUGAGCUCACCUUUUUUCAGAAUAUUAUGAUUGUCUAUCAGAUAUUUUGCAUCCACAGUGAUGCUCGUGUUUCUCUAUAACCAAAAUGGCUUCCUGCAACACUCCAUCCUCUCACGAAAAUAAUACGUUUCUGUCAACUCCUCAAACCGUUUCGACAUGAAAUGUUCUGGUUGUGGAAUGGCUAUCCUUGAUUGGAUUGGCAUUCGCCGCCGCCCCGGGUUCAUGCAUACUUAUUUAUCCAGCGAGAUUGGUUUCAGGAAACUGCCGGUUGCUCGCCCGGGGCGGCAUAAUGCAGAGAAAUGCCAAACGAUGGGAACGAUUGAGAGCGAAGACGUGGCAGGGAAAAAAGUGUGUCAAUGGGCCAAAUGAAUGAAAUGCACGUCUGAGACGAGACAACCUGUCAUUGAGGCACCGCAUGCUGGCCCUUAGAGGCGUCAGUAACCCCUCUAGGGGUACAAGUGUACUGCGCGGAGAGUUGGGCCUCCUGAUUGCCACAAGACCAAGAAAGAGGUUUUUCUAGCUAGUGUAGCCUCCGCGCUCGAUGUGAUAAAUCGCUCAUUUUAGUUCCUCAACGUUUUGCGCGCAUUAUUCCACAAUUUGCCAACCUCUCCGACCUCAUUUAGUAUAAUGAUGUGAUAUGUUUCUGGUGGUAUCAGCCCUGAAUAUACAAGGUGGGUGUCCCUCUGAUGCUGACGUUUUUCCUCCCCCACUAAAAGGCGA